GGAUAGUGACAAAGAGGAGUGGCGGGAAAGUACAAGGGAGUCAUCAGGCAUUGGGCUUGCAGAGGAAGCUUCUGGUUUCUCUCCCUCAUCAGUUCAGUCUCUCGUAAAACCACUCACGGAACAAAACGCCGUCGUCGCCUUGCGCACCGUGUCGUAAGCCGUUUUCCAACGCAUUCUACUCUCCGCGGUUUCUCUUGCCUAAUAUUCCUGGAAAUGACGGUUUUAAGGUCUCGGGAAAUCCUUCCAAUCAAAACGACGCCGAAAACUCCAACUAGAAAAAGGCUUCGCAGCAUCGAACCCUCCACUCCGGCCCAGAAACACGAACCCCCCACUUCACCCACUCUUUAUACCCUUUCCUCUCCCUCCAUAAACCCUGACCCACUUUCCAACCCGACCUCUAUUCAUGUCGGGUUAGGGUCCGAUUCGGUUUCGGUUUCCGGUGUAACUAGGAGACGGAGUACUCGUCUCGCUUCUAGAGUUGAACCCGGUGAGCGUGCGGCUCCGACUUCAAUGGAGGGCGGUCGUCGUCGAAGGAAGAGCGGUACGCGCGCCGUCUCGACCGCAGAGAAAGAGAAGGGCAGGAGCGCUAAUGGAGGUGAAACCAUGGAUGGAGAAGCGAGUUGCUAUCCGAUGGGAAAGAAGGUUAGUGUGGGUGUCGACGAAGUAGGGAUUCAGAAGUUGGAAAUGGAUUCUUCCUCUGCGGACCCAGUCACUGAGUUGAGUGAAAAAGAGUCGGGUUUGGGUGGGGAAGAGAAGGUAGUUAUCGAUGUUGAAGAGGAGGAGGGUUUAAGGGAUUCCAAGGGGAAGAGGAAGUUGAAUAUUGAUAUCAAUUUACCGGCGGCUGCUUCAGAGUCAUGUGAAGACGAUGACAAAGGGGUUUUAAAUCUGCGUUCGGGGAAGAGAGUUGCAAAGAGAAGAACAGGCAGAAGUCUUGAGAAAGAAGAGGAUGUUCUUGAAGAUCAAGGAGAGAUAGGGCAAAAGAAGUUGGUCGAGGAUCCAUGGGCUGCUUCAGUUUCACUUGAAGAAGACGAGGAGGAUGAUGAAGCGGUUUCGAAUCUGCGUUUGGGGAAGAGAGUUUCGAAGAAAAGAAUGGGCAGAGUUGUUGGAAAAGGAAAAAAAGACGAUGUUCAAGAUAAAGGAAAGGAAUUGGAUUUGGAACUGGAACCGAAAACCAAUUCCUUUUCAAUUCAAGAAGCUGAAGCGGGUGGUAGGAGGAAGGGCAAGAGAAAGAUGAAUGGUGAAAAUGAACAAGACAUCAUUGACAGUGAAACUCCGCAGGAAGUUCCAUUUGGCAUUCAGAAUCUUAUCGAUCCGGAGGAAGCCGCAGCUGCAUAUCUGAAUCUUAUCGAUACCAUCGAGGCCCAGAAGAGAAAAGAAAAGGGGAAAGAAAAAUUGGUAGAAACUAAUUUCAUAACCAUUAGUGAUGAUGAUGAGUUGGACUUGGAAUUGGGAUUGAGUUUGGGAUUGGGAUUCGAAUCUGAAAUUGAAAAUCCGGUGAAUUUUAUGGCUAACAGCGCUGUCAAUGUAGCAGCAGAUAAUGUAGCACCAGAUGAACAUCAGGUUGGUCAAACUAGUUCAAGUUCGUAUGCAGCACGCAUGGAAAGACCCCGAGAAGGCUUGGGCACUGAAAGAUACAGAGAAAUUGCCGAUGCUUUUGUUAAGGAAAAGGUAGUGGAGAAGAAGAAAGCGGAGGAGAGAGUGGAAAACCAUUUGGUUGCUGCUGCUGCUGCUGCUGCUCCUGCUGAGGUUGGAGCUAAACAAGAUGUUGAAGAUUGGCCUGGUCCCUUUCGUACCGCCAUGAAGAUAAUUAGAGAUCGGGCAAAAAAAUUUGUGCCAGUGGACGAUUCUUCUUUGGGGGACAAGGGAAAGAGAAAACCUAGACCAGUGAUAUGGACUCCUAAAAAGAGACAGGAUCAAGACCCAGUGAAGCGUUUGGCCCCCUCCCUUCUAGAACUAUGUGUGAUGGGUCUUGCCAAGAAUGCUGAUGCAAUUGUUUCACUUGAAUUUGUCCCGGAUGCUUUGAGGCACUGGCUCUGUAGCAUUUUAUGUGGCUCUCGAUCAAUGAGCACCCAUUUUUUCCAACUUCUACUUAACGGAUCACCUACAGAGAUUCGUGUAAAGAAUUGCUCUUGGCUAACGGAAGAACAGUUGGAAAAUUCUUUGCAGGGAUUUGACCCCAGCAACUUAACAGUGCUACAGCUAGACCUGUGUGGGCGGUGUUUGCCAGAUUAUGUAGUACUUGCUGCCUUAGCUCGGUCCUCGAAUAGCAUGCCUAAACUAACUACUUUAUCACUUACUGGUGCAUGCCGCCUUUCUGAUGUUGGACUAGAUGCACUUGUUUCUUCUGCCCCUCAUCUAAGAUCCAUUAAUCUCAGCCAGUGCUCUUUUCUCACUUCCUCUAGUAUUAACUCAUUGGCAAACUCAUUGGGAUCAAAGCUGAGGGAAUUGUAUCUUGAUGAUUGCCAGAGCAUUGUUCCUAUGCUUACUCUGCCAGCUUUGAAGAGGCUUAAACAAUUGGAGGUUUUGUCUCUAGCAGGCAUUGAGAGUGUUUGUGAUGAUUUCAUCACACACUUUAUCAGGGACCAUGGUACUAACAUGAAGAAGCUUGUUUUGACUGGUUGUGUAAAUUUGACAGAUUCUUCCUUGAAGGCCAUUGCUGAAACCUGUUCUCAGUUAUCGGCAAUUGAUCUCAUCAAACUGUGCAAGUUGACAGAUUCUACUUUAGGAUAUCUAGCAAAUGGUUGUCAAAAAAUGCAGACCUUGAAACUCUGCUGCAAUCAAUUCAGUGAUGAAGGUGUUGCUGCAUUCAUUCAAUCCUCUGGCGAGCAUCUAAAAGAACUUUGGCUAAAUAAUGUUAAGAAGGUUGGCUACAACACAGCCUUAUCACUUGCGAGGCGUUCAACUAGGUUGCACACUCUGGAUCUUUCAUGGUGCCGGAAUCUGACAGAUGAGGCCUUGGGUUUGAUUGUGGACAACUGCCUAUCAAUGAGACUGCUUAAACUUUUUGGAUGUACUCAGAUUACAAAUGUUUUCUUAGAUGGCCAUUCGAAUCCGCAUGUAAAAAUUGUGGGACUGCCUAUGUCAAAAGUACUAGAAGAUAUAAUGGUGCCAGAUCCACUAGGUGAAUUGCAUUAUUUCUCAGUGCCUUCUUCAACUUGAUAUCGAUCCUGUCGGGCAGGAAAAUGUUAUUGGACACAUCACCAGAAGAUGAAACCUGACGAUCUUGAUCAUUUAACUAAUUCGUGUCAUCUUUACAUAUAAUUUUUUACCCUUUGCGUUUUUGGCCAGUGUAAUUGUAGUUGUGGGAAUAUAAUGGCUAAGUAGCGAGAUGUGAGGCCUAUAUAUGGUCAUUAUUUUUUACAAUCAAUUUUUUUAGAAAACAAGAAGAUGCGGGCGAUAUUCUUUGAGCGUCCAUUGAUCAAAAAGUUCGAAGAAUAUGUGUAAUUUCCGACAGAGAAAAGAUGGAAAGUUGCUUUGACUGAAGAUAGAUCAUCAAUC